GAAGUUAAGAUCGUGGAUAAGUUAAGCUUUAAAAUGCCGUGCAGUGAAGAUGACGAUUCUCAAAGUGGUUUCAUGUCGGAGCCAUCGCACUCUAUGUCUAAAGCGGAAUUGCGCAAGACAAAUAAACCGAUAAUGGAGAAAAAGCGGCGCGCGCGCAUAAACAAUUGUCUCAACGAGCUGAAAGAUUUACUAAUGGAUGCGAUGGACAAAGACCCAGCGCGGCACUCAAAGCUAGAAAAGGCAGACAUCCUAGAGCUAACCGUAAAACACCUGCAAACGCUACAACGCCAACAACUCGCAGCUGCUAUCGCUGCCGAUCCAGCAGUGCUGCACAGAUUUAAGGCUGGUUUUGGAGAUUGUGCUGUUGAAGUCCGAAGAUACCUCUCCAGACUCGCAAGCGUUCCAACUGGACUUCGAUAUCGUCUUGGAAACCAUCUAAAUACUUGUAUAACUGGUAUCGAACGCCUCCACCCUUCAGACUAUCCUCCAUUAAUUCCUGACCCUCUACGUCUCGACGACGAAAGACCAAGCGCCUUCCAUUAUGUCAAAUCCACGAAACCGACCAGCCCACCUCUAAGCCCGCUAUCCUGCGACUCAGCGUGUGACUCCUCAACAGAAUUGGAGACUCCUCCGAGACCGGUACAAAAGUUUCCUUUCCCAACACCACCCAGUCAUUCUGCAUCGGAUCAAGAUUCAAGUCCAGAACAGAAAGCCACAGUGUCCUCGACAACAAUUUCUCCAGAAACGUUGAAACAGGAAGCUCUAAGGAAGAAGAAAUUUAUGGAACCAUUAUCCAUAGUGAUCGAUGUUGAAAACUAUAAAAUCGGUAUCGACGCGUCCCCGAAACGCGCAGUUGACUACUCGAUGCGUCAGAAGUUAAAACGACACGUAGAAACAAUUGGGCCUAUGCCAAAGUUAAUACGAUUAGAAGGAGAUAGGACUCUGACAAUACCAGAAAAAAGUCUUUCCGAGAGAUUGGGAGGUUCGUGUGAAAAGUUAGAAUCAGAGCGAAAAGUAAUGACCGAACAGCAUUCUGCAUUCAGAAAGGUAAGGGGAAUAUUACCUUACCCUGAAAGAAAACUUACAAUACCCGAAAGCAUACCAGCGGUGGUUGAGAAACAUUCGCUCGAGAAACGAUCGCAUAUUCCCAGAACAGUGAUAAGCCACACGGCUGUGUCGCUAGCUCAGUCAAGUUCACAAGACACAAGAAAAGUGGAAAAAGAUUCCAAAGAAACGGAGGCAGAUACGAGUUCGAAAUCUCCAGAGCAGAGUACAUCUAGUUCUGAAAUGUGGAGACCUUGGUAA